GGCAUAGUCUUCUUUCUUUUUUUUUCAAAAAAACAAACUCAUUGGCGCCAAGCGUGAGGGAAUGCUAGGCGUUUGGUAAUUUCUCCUCCGACUAGAAUUAAGGAUCCCAUCGAAGCGGCUAAUCCCAUGCAUAUUGUAUGCACAUCGGGUGGCACAAAUUGCAUAGUAUCAUAAAUGGCCAUUCCUGGGAUUACCCAUCCGCCGGGAGAGUUUAUAAACAAAUAAAGAUCCCUAGUAGCAUCUUCUAUACUGAGAUAUACCAUGAGACCAACAAGUUGAUUUGAGACCUCAUUAUCAACCUCUUGGCCCAAAAAAAGUAAUCUUUCUCGAUGAAGUCGGUUGAUUAGGACAAAAUUCUAUCUCCCAGAAACCGUACGUGCACCUUUGGAUGCAUACGGUUCAAAAAAAAAUUGCGAAAUAAAUAAUCAAUGUGUCGAUUCUAGUUCCAUUUCUUUUUUUUUUGUAACAGGUUUUAAAGUGAAAUGAAAGGAUUUUUUUUCUUCAAAAAAAAAGGGUUUUUGGACCCCGCCCUAUACUAUAUAUAAAAACUAUAAAAUAAGAAAAAAGAAUUUACUGAACUUAUUAAACUAACCUCUCAUUGAUAUAUUGUUUCAUCACGAUUUAAAUCACAAUGUCGUUUUCUUGUUCCUUAAUGGGCCUUUUGAAUUCUUUUAGGUUCAUGUUCUACUCCGGGUAAAGAUCUGUCCGAAUUCCAUUUGUACAUAUAGGACAAAUAAUUUCAGUACCACUUCUUUUUUUUUCAAUUCGUUUCAUGCUUUACUUACCUUCCCACAAACUAUUCGUUGUGUUCAUCUAUUAUAGAAGUGGUAAUUGUAGAUAUAUUACCAAUUUGGUAUUUUCUGAACGAAGCCUGAAUAUUUUAUCGGUCUAAGUCAACCAUAAAUUCUUCUAAUCGAUAAUGUUGAUCCCGAAUAUAAAUUGAUCUAAUUGCACUUCACGCUACAAAUAAUUAACAGUAAAUAUUUCUUGGGCGAAGCGUAGGAUAUCUCGAUCGGGGGAAAGAACGGGGUAAAUCCCAUAUGACCCAAUAUGUCUGACAAGUCGCACUAUACGUCAACCCAAACCGCAUCUUCCUCUCCAGGACUCCGAAAAGGUACUUUUGGAACACCAAUAGGCAUUAAAUUAAACAAAAAAAUUAAGCACUAUACUUCACUUUAAUAUAGAAACGUAACAAUGCAAUGGGUUUAUUGUCUUCAUCUUCCUUCUUUUUUUUUUCUGUUUAUUCUAUUUUAUCCCUAAAUUAGAAGGGAAAACUUAGUGAAUAAAGAAAAAUUUUAAUGAAAGGAUCGAUCAUUCGAAUGAUAAACAAGUUUCUAUGCAUUCGUUCCCCCAAAAUGGGACCAACCCUUCCAUUGCGUAUUCGUACUCAUCGGGUAUAGUAUAGAAUAGAUCUGCUUCUCUUUGUUCUUAUAAACUGAACAGAAUUGUUCCCUUAUUUUCAAGGGAACGGAAUAAAAUAAAUAUUAAUUCUUUCGAAUACAGAAUCCACUGUAAAGGUUAAGUACAUAGUAUAGUCUUUUCCAAUGCGAUAAAGUUACAUAGUGUUUAUUUAUUUAUUUUUUGAUAAAGGGGUAUCUCCAUGGGUUUACCUUGGUAUCGUGUUCAUACUGUCGUAUUGAAUGAUCCCGGUCGAUUACUUUCUGUCCAUAUAAUGCAUACAGCUCUAGUUUCUGGUUGGGCCGGCUCGAUGGCUCUAUACGAAUUAGCGGUUUUUGAUCCCUCUGACCCCGUUCUUGAUCCAAUGUGGAGACAAGGUAUGUUUGUUAUACCCUUCAUGACCCGUUUAGGAAUAACCAAUUCAUGGGGUGGUUGGAGUAUUUCAGGGGGAAGUAUAACGAAUCCGGGUAUUUGGAGUUAUGAAGGUGUGGCAGGGGCACAUAUUGUGUUUUCCGGCUUGUGCUUUUUGGCAGCUAUCUGGCAUUGGGUGUAUUGGGACCUAGAAAUAUUCUGUGAUGAACGUACGGGAAAACCUUCUUUGGAUUUGCCCAAAAUCUUUGGAAUUCAUUUAUUUCUCUCAGGAUUGGCUUGUUUUGGCUUUGGCGCAUUUCAUGUAACAGGCUUGUAUGGUCCUGGAAUAUGGGUGUCCGAUCCUUAUGGACUAACCGGAAAAGUACAAUCUAUAAAUCCAGCAUGGGGUGUGGAAGGUUUUGAUCCUUUUGUUCCGGGAGGAAUAGCCUCUCAUCAUAUUGCAGCGGGUACAUUGGGCAUAUUAGCGGGUCUAUUCCAUCUUAGUGUUCGUCCACCUCAACGUCUAUACAAAGGAUUACGUAUGGGAAAUAUUGAAACUGUACUUUCCAGUAGUAUCGCUGCUGUUUUUUUUGCAGCUUUCGUAGUUGCCGGAACUAUGUGGUAUGGUUCAGCAACUACCCCAAUCGAAUUAUUUGGCCCCACUCGUUAUCAGUGGGAUCAGGGAUACUUCCAGCAAGAAAUAUAUCGAAGAGUUGGGGCUGGACUGGCCGAAAAUCUGAGUUUAUCAGAAGCUUGGUCUAAAAUUCCCGAAAAAUUAGCUUUUUAUGAUUAUAUUGGUAAUAAUCCAGCAAAAGGGGGAUUAUUUAGAGCGGGCUCAAUGGACAACGGGGAUGGAAUAGCUGUUGGCUGGUUAGGACACCCCAUCUUUAGAGAUAAAGAAGGGCGUGAGCUUUUUGUACGUCGUAUGCCUACCUUUUUUGAAACAUUCCCGGUAGUUUUGGUAGAUGUAGACGGAAUUGUUAGAGCCGAUGUUCCUUUUAGAAGGGCGGAAUCAAAAUAUAGUGUUGAACAAGUAGGUGUAACUGUUGAGUUCUAUGGUGGCGAACUCAAUGGAGUCAGUUAUAGUGAUCCCACUACUGUGAAAAAAUAUGCUAGACGUGCCCAAUUAGGUGAAAUUUUUGAAUUAGACCGGGCUACUUUGAAAUCCGAUGGUGUUUUUCGUAGUAGUCCAAGAGGUUGGUUCACUUUUGGACAUGCCUCAUUUGCUCUGCUCUUCUUUUUCGGACACAUUUGGCAUGGUGCUAGAACCUUAUUCAGAGAUGUUUUUGCUGGUAUUGAUCCAGAUUUGGAUGCUCAAGUGGAAUUUGGAACAUUCCAAAAAAUUGGAGAUCCAACUACACGGAGACAGGCAGUCUGAUACAACAUUGUUGGGUUAUCUUCCGCCUAUAUAUUUUUGUUUUAUUUGAUAUAGUGUACUAAAGACAAUGUACUGAAUAAAUUUUGACUUGAAUCACCAUCUUUUUUUUACUCUUUCACUUUCUUUAUACGGUAAAUGAUCCCAAAUGAAUAGGAAUAGAUGUGGAAGCUAUAAUUGUAAAUAACAAUCGAAUCUAUGGAAGCAUUGGUUUAUACAUUCCUCUUAGUCUCGACGUUAGGGAUAAUUUUUUUCGCUAUCUUUUUUCGAGAACCACCUAAGGUUCCGACUAAAAAAAUGAAAUAAUUUUUCAUUAC